AUGUAUACAUAUAUAAUUAAUAGUUCAUGUCAUGAAGAACAAUUAUUUAAAGAAUUAUUUCAAAACUAUAAUCCAUUAAUUCGUCCUGUACGAAAUGUUGAAGAAACUAUAACUGUAUCAUUUAGUAUAGCUUUAUUACAAUUAAUAAGUGUAGUUGAAAAAGAACAAGUACUUAAAACAAAUGUUUGGUUACAAGUAGUACAUAUGUAUAAUGAAAUGAAUUGA